GAUUGGAACACAAUAAGCCAGCCUGGUGGAUACAGUAGAUCUGUUUGCGGUGUCAGCUACUUCUUGUUGUGGUUUCGGUGGAGGGACACGCCUGGCCAAGGGUUCAGACAGCUGAGUUAUUUGAUGGAAGGUUUCGAUUGAGCUUGGUGCCUUUGAGACUGCUGGUGACUGUUUUUAUGAGAAGUUUUGGUGGUGGUGUCGGUGGCCUGUGGUGUUAGUACCUAUACAUGUCUGCAUCUGGAGUUGCUGUUGCACUGAUGUGGAGUGGAGGCUGCUCUUGGUGAACGGUCUGCUGCAUGUGACCUAUUAAAUACUUUGUACGCAUGGGAUGCUACAUGUAUUUCAGAACAUGCCCAAUGUUUGUUUCUUCAGAACAGGAGCUAAAAAGAUUCUGAUUGUUGACAGAUCUGUAUAGAUGGGAUUCCAGCCUGCAACUUUUUCAAGGCGUACUCAGGUUGUGCUGCACUGCAGGCCCUUUUAAAACUUGCCAGUGGAGAUGGUAGUUUUCCCUUUCUCUAUGCAUGUACCUUGGCAAAAAAUGUGCUUGGAGGAAGAUUCAAUUGUCCCCAUUUGAGAGCUGUUUUUUGGUGCUGCUAACGGGUUUGCUUGAAGCAUAAAAGUCCAGUAUCAAGCUUCUGUCCUAGCUCAGUGCAAAUUGGGCAAAGCACUUGCUUGUGCACUCCAGCAGGUUGUUGACCAUGUGUCUACUCUCACAGUCUGUGUUUGGGUCUAGUGACUUGUGUAAUUGACCCUGAGUCUCAUUCCUCGACAAACAAAACAGGUGUGCAAGUCACGAGUUCACAUGUGGGAUGCACAUUUCUUGAACAGUUGGAUUGGUCUUGUUACCGGUAAUACUGGGAUUUAUUGCCGAUGGAACCAUGUUAGUGUGAGCAUCAACAGGUGAAACAGUGCGAGACUGAGAAACUUCAGUCAUCACAAGCGAGGAGCCGUGACAUGGUGUACAGCCGCAGUCAAUGCCCACCUACCGGUACCAGUACUGUACUAGGAGUUCUCAGUGAAGAUGAUUCCUUUGGACGAGUGUGACAGUGAAGAAAGAGUCAAGAAACAAUGUGAGAGUUUCUUUGCUGUGAAGGGAGCUGCAUUGGUCCUGCCCCGGAGCAAUGAGUCUAGGCCGAUCAAGAAGAACCCAAUUGUGGGUGAGCUGUCGGACCACAUUCAGAGCAUGUUUCUUCUCCUCAGGCAUGAUGACAGAAUGACCUUGGCGGUGCGAUUGGAAAGUAUGUACGAGGAACGCAUUCGUUACAUCAUCCUGGUGUCCUGCAAUGGUGUGCAGGACACGGAGGAGAGCGUCAUCCUUGGGAUGGACAUCAUGUCCAACACAGCCACCAUUGGCCUGGUUUUGCCGAUCUGGUGCGAGACCACCAUUCAGCUGAAUGGAGAUGGUGGCUUCAACCUCUGUUCCAAGAGCAGAACCCACACUUUCAAGCCAGUCUCUGUUCAGGCUCUUUGGUCUGCCAUGCAAGCCAUUCACUCGGCCAUCUCCUCCGCUCAGACCUACAACUACUUCCCUGGGGGCCUGAACCUGACCUGGAUCAGCUACUACGAGUCCCGGGUCAACUCCAGCCCAUCUCGUAUCAAGGAGUGGGACCUCAUGCCCGAGCUGGAGGUCACCAAGCCCCACGCCUUCACCCCCACCUACACGGAAGAUGGCCAUUACCAUCCUAGUGACCGUGAGUUGACCGAACAGCUCAUCUUCUUGAAGAUCAAAGAUAUCAUGGCCUCAGCAGACUUGGAUAACAUCACAAGCAGGGAGGUCCGACUGAAGAUGGAAGACGACCUUGGGAAGAGCUUGAAUGAGUACAGACACUACCUUGACGAGCAGUUGAUCACCUACAUGAGGCAAAUGGAUUCGGCCACGCUAAUCUUUGAUCACAUCUACCUGGGAUCCGAGUGGAAUGCAUCUCAUUUGGAAGAACUGGAAGCAAAUGGUGUUGGGUACAUCCUCAACGUAACCAUGGAGAUUGACAAUUUCUACCCCAAUCGCUUCAUCUAUCACAACGUGCGACUGUACGAUAUUGAGAGCUCAGAGCUGCUCAAGUAUUGGGACGAAACCUACAAGUUUCUAUCCAAGGCAAAAGAGAAAGGGUCCAAGGCUUUGGUACAUUGUAAGAUGGGAAUCAGUCGCUCGGCUGCCACUGUGAUUGCCUAUGCAAUGAAGGAGUACAACUGGCCCCUGGAGAAAGCCAGGAGCUUCGUGGCCAGGAAACGCAAGUGUGUGAACCCGAACACAGGCUUCCUGCAACAGCUUCAGGUCUAUGAAGGGAUGCUAGAUGCCAGUCGGCAGAGACACAACAAGCUGUGGAGGAGUAAGUCGGAGAGCUCCCUUGCCAACUCAGCAGAAUGCAGCCAGGAAACCAUUGAGUCUGCCUCCAGCACGGAAGACAUAGCCGACAGAACCUCCAAGGUGUCCGAGUUCACUCACCAAGGGAACACUGCGGGGCUCUCACUCAGCCUAGGACCACAGACGGGCCAUGCCAGGCGCCGCUCCUGGUCACCCAAAGACUCGGUUGCAGAUGUGCACUUCCCAAGCAAUGUCCAGAGUCUCUCAGGCCACCAGAAGCCAGACCACUUGGGCACCAGUCCGGCUGACGUCGAUUUCAUGGUGCUCGAUGACGACUGUCAGGACAUUCAGAUCAUUGUCCCAGAAUCACUGACCCCAACGAGUCCCACGCUGACCGUGCCCACAGAACCGGUCGUGCUUGGCCAAAUUGAAGACAGGGAACCCACAGCACCCUUGCCUGGUGUGGGGGACAUCGAGACUGGACUAGCUGAUUCUCAACUGGAAUCUUUACAUCUUGACCGAGUCUCAACUGAAGAGCUUCUAUCAGUAGGGGAAUCACCCAGCGGCUUCAAAGAAGGAAUCCCUGAAAUGACUAGUACCCCGAGCCAACCUGAACAAGCCAUGGAGACGGAGGUGUCACCUCCUGGUGGCAUUCCUGAAAUCAGCUCAGAAUCAGGACUAAAUACAAAUAACAACAGUGCUACUGGUUACAGCUCAUCACAAAUUGACGAUAUCCCUCCCGUUGAAGGAACAGUCAAGCAAAGAGUUACAUCCUUCGAGAACAACAAGUUGGCCCCUGAUGCCGAAAAGGUGGAAGUGAAAAGUGAAGAGGAGAGUGCCAGUACUGUGGAUGGUUUGUUUUUGGAGCCAGAGAUCCCUGUAAACUCUGGCACUGUGCAGAAACAAAAACAAGACAUUGAGGAGAGACUUAGGGCAGAAUCAGCAGAGAAAGGGAGCCCUCCACUGACCAGAUCGGAAAAGUUUUCUCAAGAGACUGCCACAUCACCCACCGUUGAUAGUACUACUUGCGAGAGCCUUGACACUCCUGCUUCCAAUCAGCCUAAACUUGCCGAACCUCAGGACUGUGGCAAGCCAGAGACUGUUGACUGUGACUUGUCAUCCCCCAAGUCCCCAGCCAUCAGUCUGCUGCAAGAAUCACCCACCAAUGCAAGCCCGACGCUGCAAGCUCUUGAAAAAGGACGGGUGAAGAAGAUAACUGAGCAGCUGCUGUCCCAGAAGACCCCUGUCACUGAAGCUGAGGAAGAUGAGGAAGCGCUGUCAUUGGCAGAGAAAAGGAGAAGCCUGACCUUUGAAAGUGGGAGCCCACCGCAAGAUUCUCCAACUAAGCUUACGUUGUCACCGAGCAAGUCUUCCCCAGAUACCAGAAGCACUGAAGUCAUUGAAACAACUGGAUUAGCCCCCAAGGGCUCUACUUCACCAGAUGACCAAUCAGUCAAGGACUCUGGGUCACAAGAAUCUCUAUCAACCGAGGAAUCUGUCCACAGUGGAAGCCCUUUAAAGGAAGCCUUCAUCAAAACCUUCUUUGGGGAAGAGAUCCCGCUUGAGCCAGGAACUGUAAAGCGGCAGACUAUAGAUUUUGAACAGCUCUCCUCUCAAAGCCGAACCGAGGAGUUGGAAACCAAAAAAGAAGCAGUGAUUAAGAAGGACACUUUCGAGACACCUCCAGAAAUGCCCGAGAAGACUAAAGCAGAAGAGAUGGUUGUCAUCAUUCGUGACAGUUCUUCAAAUGGGAAGAGGAAGUUUGAAGAAGUCGGGAGCCAGAACAAGCAUGCACGCGUGGAUCAGAAGGAGCAGUCAACCAAAGAUGAAGCAGUGGGGAUGGAGCCAGAGCUCAAGAUGGAAGAGGAGAACCAAAAGGAAGCAGAGAUCAACUCUGCCUAUCCUGAGGAAGGCAUCUCCUCAUGGAAGGUUGGAGAUGUCCGCAAACACACCAAGCAGUUUGAGGGGCUUUCAUCAUCCGUGGAUGCAGCAGACCAAUCCACUAAACCAGCCAGCCCAAUCAUGACCGAGGACACUGCUGAAGCGAGAGUUACCACCGAAGAAAGCACCUCACUGAGAGAGAUGACCGAGCAGACAUCCACCUCGUCCAGUUCAGGUUCGUCAGAGGCCGAUGAAACCGUCACAGAAGUACCCCAAGUAGAGGAGGAUGUACAUGUAGACCAUGGUAGUGAGGUAGGUAAAGAGGAGAAGUUAAAUGUGGAGAGUAUCGGAGAGCGAAUUGCUAAACUUGGUCUUAAUCUCAGGCGUGUGAAUUCCAUCGCACGGAUGUCAAACGAGAAAGGUUCUCCCGUGGUCAUGCGACGGAGUGACCCCAGUCGUCCAGUCAGCAUCCGCAGCAUGCGUCCGUACUCGGAUACAGGGACACGUUCCCUGGAGUCGUCUCCCGAGAGUCAGUCCCAGCUGGCCAAGGGCGAGUUGACCAUGGAGGAGACACAGGAGAGGCGUAAGAGCGCAUACGCCCGCCUGGUCACGCCACGGCAGGACACGGUGCCUCUGAAGUUUUACCUGGAGGAACCAUUGUCGGUGGAAAUACGCAGCCUCGACAGUGCUAAGGAAGUGGGGAAGAUGACCAUGACAGGCACCAGUGACGGUAUCCCAGUAAAGCCAAGCAGUAGUGUGAAGCCAGACAGUGGUGAAAAGGCCAACAAAGCAACCAGCAGGGAUUGCCAGUCGCCGAAGGCCAGCCGCAAAAAGCAGCAGCAUGGCAAGACCCACCCCCUGUCAAAGCUAAGCCCCACCCCCGCAAAGCACCCGUCCUCUGGCACUUUGUAACAGUUCUCUCAGGUGCUGUGUAUGUGUUCGUGUGUGAAAUCUUGAAACUUUUUUCUUGUGUGACACUUUGUCCAAACAAUCCACCAUCGUGCGUCAGAGUAUGGUUGGGUCGUGUUAACGUGGAACCGGGUUAGGUGCAAAGAACUAUUUCUCCGGUUGGGAUGACCCUUGGUGUAUUUCCAAAUCUAACAAAUUCAAACCCGCCUUUGCCCAAGUGAAACCUUUUUCGCAUUUCUGUGUACAUUUAUAUUUGAUAAAUGCGCUAUAAAGUUAAACUGUAUUUGAAAAUUUGAGGUUCGUGUGCAUGUAUUUAUCAUAUGUCAUAUAAGCUUGUCAUACAUGUAUAAGCUCAGAUUUCUGUAGAUGUAUGAAGCUAAAUUAUUUUGUGAAUAACAGACGUUGCACUUUCCUUUGCCUAAAGUAGCAUCAUCAACUCACUUUAAGAUUUCUUAAUUUACUUAAAAAAAUACUUUUAUUUUGUACGCAAGAAGUAUAUAUCAUAGGAAUACUUUUUUCUGCUAGAGGAAUACACUGUAUGGUACCAAGAAGUUUGUAUAGACCACGUGUAAAUAUGGUUCAUAAUGACAGCUGAACAGAAUCUGCUUAUUUUAAAUAUUUGUUAAAAGUUGGUUUUCUCUUAAUGGCGUAACAGACUCAACAGGUUGUUGGGAAGAACUCAAAGUUUGUUUGGCGGUGAUUGUGUUCACAUUUGUAGCAAAAAAAUGGAAAUUUGGGCUCAUGCCAGGAACAUUUAUGGCUUCAGAUGUGUUGCAGUUGUGUUGAGAGGUUGGAGCAGUAUUUACAUAUACAAUGUUGUUAUGAACUUUUUUUUUAUUUCUGUAAUCCAAGCUGGUCUCCAUUUUUAAUAAUUUAAAAUUAAAAUCAUGCUUAACUUCUCCGUAAACACCCAUCUCCCAUUUUUUAAAUGAUAGAAUUAUCAAUAUGCAAUACUAAACGUGUUUAUACUAAUGAUCACCAGAACGUGAAAGGUACUACAAGGAUAUGCACAAACGUAAAGAAUGCAUCAUUAUUGUAAAUGUUUUAAUGAUUUUUGUGCCAAAAAUUACAGGUAUUGAUGAUGAAAGUAGCAGUUUCUUUGAACAGGUGUUUAUCAUUUGGUUUGUACUAGCAGACUGGUCAAUGGCACAACUUGCGGACUGAGGGGAUUUUGAGGCAAUGACAAGCAUGAGUCAGAGUUAUGGUUGCAAUCAGCUUGUCUAAAGUAAGAGAAGAUGUAAAUUUUUGGUGUAGUUCUUUUUUGGGUGGGAAAAAAACCGGUUUCCACAGAUUCAGGACAUUAAGAAAAAACUUUGGAAAGAGAUGUGAAUUUACGUGUUUGUAUGAAACUGCUAGAUCCAAAGGAACUGUACAUUUUUUAAACAGAAUUUUGUGUUUGAUUGGUGGUUGCUAAUUGACUAAUUAAUGCCAUGGAAAAAUGUUUUUCCUUCUGGAGAAUUGUUAAUGCUCAUAAAGUGACAAAAAACUCGGCUUUAAUUGUUGGGAGUAAUAUUCUUUACUGCCAGUAGCUUGUCACUUGCCGUGACUUGUUUUGAGGGUUGCAUGUUUACCAUAAGGAAAGGAGAUCUAAAUUGUUAAAAAGUGGCCAUCUUUUCCUGUCCAGUCCUCUGGACUACAUUAGAUGAAGAAAAAUGUUAACUACUCAAAUCUAUCAGAAAAAUUAUAACCACUGCUUUAGUACAAGGAAGAAAUACUUCUGUUUCUUUUUCCAGUUUCAAAUACAUUCACUGCAUUACUUCUGACAAAGUAUAUCAGUUGAAUUUUAUAAAAAUAGCUGCUAGCGACCUUAAAUGCUGUUUUUAUUGAUAUCUUGUAAAGAUUUAUUGUGGAAACUAAUGUGGGAGUACUUACUCAUUACCAUAUUUACCAAGAUUGUUGAAAAUGUAUUGACUAACAAUCGUUUUAACAACAGAAUCUAGUUUGAAUUAACAUUUAAAGAACACAAAACCUCAGCAUGGUGUUCUCUUAAAAGUUCUCGACUGGAACAUAAUGGACAGAGAAAAUGGAGGAGUAGCCUUCCUUGUGACCAUUUGCCAUUGGAGUAAUGCCUAAGAGCCCUUGUGACAGGAUCAUGGUUCUUGCAACGCAAUUGGCCCUGCCACUUACACUGACCGACCAUUCCGGAGUGAAGUGGUGUAAGACCUGCGCUGCUUUGUCUCAACACACAAAACAUCUGGAUUACUUUGAUGGCAAAUGGUAACCUUAACCACCAGUGUCACGAGAAAAAAAACGCAUUCGUAAAAAUCAGUUAAAAUAUUGUGUAAACCAGAAGAUUUGGCUACCGAGUGGUAGCCAAAGAUUGUGACUAGGGUAAAGCUAAUCUUGUAGGAGUGACCUGAAAGAUGGAAGCAUUCAUUAGAGCAGUUGUGUCACUGAGUAUUUUUUGUUGUCUUGCGAUGGUGAAGGAACAAUCUGCCUCACAAGCAGAGUUGAAAGAAACCACUUUUAUGAAUAACCAUAGGAAUCUGUGUGCCGCAGUAACAAUUGGUAAUAUUGCUAAACUUUGCUGUCAGGUGUAUACUUUUAAGUAGAAAUUCUUCCAAAUACGCUUUUUUGUCUAAAAAAAACCCAACCAAUCCUUUUUGUUUCAUUAUUUCAGUGAAUGCAAUUUUGAUAUUAAAAACAGUUUACCAGUAAAAAUGAAGAGAUAAAAAGCAUUUUGUAUAAUUUAUUAUAAAGCAUACAAUAAGGAAAUGAGUGUAACAGAAAAAAACCAAGGUUGUUGAAAUUUCUGACUAAAACCGAUUCCCGCUUGUGCACAAUUUUGUAGCCCGACAUCUUCCUGGAAUGUGUGUUUACAAAUAAAACAGCUACAGAGCCUUUAACACCAA